GUAAAGAUGGUAGUGUUUUCAGUAAAGUCAGUUUUCAUGUUUUUAUCAUUGCAAGUAGUAAAGGUUCAGUUAUUGAAUAUACUAGCUGUUUUUCCAUACGAAGGAAGAAGUCACUUUUUAGUAUUUGAAUCACUUCUUAAGGAAUUAGCAGGAAAAGGACAUAAUUUGACUGUUAUAUCAUAUUUUCCACAAGAGAACGCAAUUCCAAACUAUCGCGACAUAGCUCUUGAAGGAAACAUCGAAGAAAAUAAAAAAUGGGUUAAAUUUACAGAACCAUCCUAUUAUAAAAUUAUAGUGGUGACCAUUUUCCUAUUAGUUACAGGAACAAAUAAUUGCAAGGUACUACUAAGUGACGAAAAUGUACAAAAUUUAUGGAAGAACGAAACGAAAUUCGAUGUGAUUUUAGUAGAGCAAUUUAAUAGUGAUUGUGCACUGGGGUUAGCUCACAAACUUAAAGCACCUGUAGUCGGAAUUUCGUCGCAUACUUUAAUGCCUUACCAUUUCAGUCGAUUGGGAGUACCAAACAAUCCAUCGUUUACUCCAUUUCAGUUACUAAAUGGUGGAACAAAACCUAAUAUUAUUCAAAGAAUUGAAAGAACAGUAUUUAUGAUAUAUUUUCAAUACGUUGUAAGGGUAAUGAUACAAACUAUAAAUCAAUACACGUUAUCCCAAUACUUCCACGACUUACCUUCUCUUGAAGAUCUAGGACGAAACAUAAAGCUCAUGCUACUUAAUGAACACUUUACGUUUUUGGCGCCAUCUAUUUUACCUUCUAACGUCAAAGAAGUUGGAGGUUUACAUGUAGCUGAAAACAAACCACUACCAAUGGAUUUAGAAAAAUUUAUCAAUGAUUCGGAACACGGUGUUAUUUAUAUAUCUUUUGGGACAAUGGUAGGUAGUUCCUCAAUUCCUCCUGAAAAAUUGCAAGCUAUAUUACGCACUAUAGCAAAACUUCAGCAAAGAGUUAUCUGGAAAUGGGACGCAGAUACUCUGCCUGACAAGCAAAAUAACAUUUAUAUGGCUAAAUGGCUACCUCAAAACGAUAUUUUAGCACAUCCAAAAGUAGUGGCUAUGUUUUAUCAUUGCGGUCUACUAGGGCUAAUGGAAGCCAUGUUUUAUGGAGUGCCAGUGGUUGGAAUGCCAAUAUUUGGAGACCAACCUCGUAACGCUGCAGCUUUAGAAGAAAGUGGGUUGGGUGUUCAAAUUCAAGUGAACAAAUUAAGUGAAGACACUUUAAUAAAAAAAUUCAAAAUAAUUUUAGAUAUAAAGUUUAGAGAAAAAGUCAAAAUGUUAUCAAAAAGGUGGCGAGAUCGUCCUAUAGCCCCUAAAGAAGAAGCUAUUUACUGGAUAGAGUACGUCGCUCGUUACCCCAACGCAACAUUAAACACAGCAGCUGCUGAUCUAUCUUUGUACCAGUAUCUUUGCUUAGAUGUGAUGUUAAUCUUUGGUAUACUAUUUGCUUCUAGUUUUUUUCUAUUCAAAUGUGUUUUAAACAUAUACCGAAAUAAGCACAGUAAGGCAAAAAAGUUUGGUAGCUUUAAAUCAAAACAACAAUAAACGUAUUCGUAUAACAGAAUAUUUUUGAUAUGCAUAUUUUUAUGAGUUCCAUUGUAUAAAAUAUAAAUGUAUAGUGUUUAGUAUAAGUUCUGCCUACAUUAUAAUAAUGAUACGACUAGUAUAUAAAUCUAAUAUUAAAAACAGACUUAC